AUGAGUGGGUUUCAAAAAUCUUCCUCCUCAUCUUUUUUAUUUCUCUAUCUUCCGGAUUCACUUUUGGGGAGUUUAUCUGUCGAUCCAUUUCCUGAUCAGGAAGAAACAAAUUGGACUUUUCUGCUUGCCCCCCAUCAAAAUGCUAAGGGUUUCUUUACAUUUUUUUCUUCACUUUUUCUCUCCAUUUCUUUUCUGCUGGCUUCUUCCUUUCUUUCUUCAUAUUUUUUUUAUUUUUCUAUUUUAUUCCCUUCUUUCAAUUCUUUUUUCUUUUUUCUUUUACGUGUUCAUUUUUAUUUUCUUCUUUUAUAUUUUUUAAUUUUAUUUAAUCCCUUCAUUUUUUUCCUGCAAUUUUAUUUUUAUGCUUUUCUUUGUUUCUUUUUUUGUUUUUUUUUUUUACUAUUCCUUUAUUUAUUUUCCAUUCUGCAACCUUAUUUCUUUUACUUUGUUUUUUUCUUUUUUUUUAUUUCUUUUUUCUUCCUUUUUUUAUGCAUAUCUAUAUAUCCAAACUUAUUUCCUCUCUUUCUUUCUAAUCUUCUUCUUUCUUUCCUUUUAAAUAUCUGUACUUAUUUCCUUUCUUUUUUAAAUCUUCAUAUUCAUUGUCUUUCUCUUUUUUAUUUUCUUUCUUUCUCAUUUCAUUUUUUUUUCUUUUUUUAUUCUUUUUUUUUUUUUUUUAAUUUAUCUAUAGUUAUUUUCUUUUUUUCUCAUCUUCAUAUUCUGUUUUCUUUAUUCUCUCUUAAACUCCAAACUCCAUAUUCUUUUUUUCUUUUUUCACAUUUAAUAUCCAAUAUUUAUUUCUUUUUUUCUUUUCUUUCUAAUCUUCUUAAUCUUUCAUUUCUUUCCUUUUUAAAUAUCUGUUUCUUUCUUUCCUUUUUUUUAAAUUUUCUUCAUAUUUAUUGUAUUUUCUUUUUUUAUUUUCAUUUUCUUCAUUUCUUUCUUUCUUUUUUUAUUCUUUUUUUACCCUUUAAUAUCUAUAGUUAUUUUCUUUCUUUCUCUUCACAUUCUUUAUUUUCUUUCUUUCUCAUCUUCAUAUUCUUUCUUUCUUCUCUCUUAAUCUUCACACUCAUUUUCUUUCUUUUUAAUCUUCAUUUUCUUUCUUUCUUUCUUUCUUUCUUUCUUUCUUUCCCAUUAAGUAGCCAUACUCUCUUUCUAAUCUUCAUAUUCUUUCUUUAUUCUCUCUUAAUCCACAGACUUAUUUUCUUUCUUUGUAAUCCUCAUAUUUAUUCUCUUUCUUUCACUCUUUUUCUUUCAUUCCUCUUUAAUAUUUAUAUUCAUUUCCUCUCUUUCUUUCUAAUUUUCAUAUUUUCUUUCUUUCUUUUUUCUCUUUAUUUAUUUCUCCUUUAA